AUGGUUCGCAUCGCUGGUGCAUCGCUCGCGCCAUUGGCUUUGGCAGCCGCCACCUUUGCUGUUGCAGGUGCUGAUGCCAAGACGAAUCUCUACCUCUCUCCCGCUCACAACCUCGCCGCUGCACCUAUUAGUAUCAAUGCCGAGGAGGCAAACCGCAUUCUGUCUCAUCACAUCAACCUUGAGGGUGCUUCUGGAUCGGAUGACUCGGCGAUUUGGGACCAUGUGCUGAAAUCCAGCAAAGCGGGCGAUGUGCAGGUGGAUCAGCGAGCCAUGGUCGAACGCCUCUUUGAUGGACACCGCGACGACGAGCAGAACCGCUUGUUAGUGCUCAUGCAUGGAUCUGCGCAUGAUGAUGUGAUCCCAACCGGCGUCCCCGCCACACACAACAUGGCGAGUGCACCCAGCUCCAACUCAUUCGAUGCUCUCUUCGACAGCUACAUGGCCGGCGCCGCACAAGCGCUCAAGUCGUCCGAGUCGACGCUCUCGCAUCUCACCGGCAGCUUUAUGGAUGGCUUCAGUGCCAGCAUCGAAUGGCUCACCACCAAGGCGGACAAAGCGGCAGCGACAUGGUCCGAGCAGGCUGCUUCGUUCAAGUCGACGGCAUUUGCAACACUCGAGAACGAGCUGCGAUCGGCUGAAGCGCUGAUUGCCAAGUUGAAGAGCAGCAAGGACGACGUGACGGCACAGGACCUGUCGAUGCAGCCACUACGCUUCUCUGGCCUGCAGAACGUUGAGAGCACGUACGGUGCUGACAGUGUCGAGUUUGCCCAGGCCAAGGAGAUGGUGCGUGCUGCCGUCGAGCAAGUGACCUCGCUUUUCCAGAGCCAAUCCGAGCAGCAAGGACGUGCCGCUUCGAUCGCCUUUGUCGUCACCGAAACCGCCGAUGAGACUGGAGCAACGCAUCUGCUUGCCAAGCGUUCGAGUUCCGACCUGCUGCGUCCCUUCCGUCGUGCCUCAGAGCUCUCGCACGGUGCCGCCAUCCGUCCGAACGCAUUUGCAUCUUCGAAACCCUCGCCGCUGCCCAAGAACCUCGCAGGCACCUGCUUUACUUCGCAGUCUGCGCUCGAGAAAGCCACGAACUAUUGCUCCGGCCACGGCAAGGGCGUACAGACGUCCAGGGGCGGGAAGCCAUGCUACCGAUGCCAGUGCAAGCUGACAGAGGUUCGCAAGGGUAAGAAAGUGUACUGGGCCGGCUCGGCGUGCGAGAAGAAGGACGUCAGCACCGAAUUUGUGCUCAUCGGCUCGAGCGUGUUGCUGCUUGUGCUCAUCAGUGCGGGUAGCGUCUACUUUUUGUUUGCUCAGGGCUCAGAGGAGCUUCCCGGUACACUGGCUAGCGUGACUAUCAGCCUCAAAUAA